GAUUUAUUAAAAAAUAUUUUUAGAAAAGUCCAUAGUAUUUGGAUAUUUGGAUACUCAAUUAUUCAGUGAUAUUCAAGCAGCAUUAAGGAUGACAUACAAUCGAACCCAAGAAAUGAGUCUCUUUCAGUAAGAAAGUUGCCAAUAAUGGUCUUAUUUAAGUUAUCUUGCAGUAGGUUGACAACUUUUUUAUUCAAUGACGAUGUGUUCCGCGAAUAACCAGAUAUUUGUCGGUGCCUUUUUUGUACAAGAAUUCCAAAAAAAGUUAACUUUGAAUUGAUUGACAUCAAACCAUUGAUAGAGGGCUGAUGGUCAUUGUAUAACAGAUACCAUAGCGGAAUGGGAUGGUUAUAUUAACUGUUGUCAAUGUUUUUGUAUGCGUUCAUGGGUGACUUUCAAAGAUAAGCACUAUAAAAUAUAUUGCUUUCUUAGAGUCAAAUGUUGUCUCUUUCACUUUUAUUUCACGUUUUUAAGAUACAUACUAUGACCCAUGUUCAAAACAAUAAUUUAUGAAAAGAAAAAGCAAAUUUUUGAAAAGAAAAAAUCAAGUGCUGUUAAUGAUGUAACGUGUAUUGAUUGCGGUAAAGGGGGUCACUACACCAAACAAUACUUUAAAUGUGAAUUAUAUGAGCCGGAAACUGCAGAUCAAGGCAGAAAACGCAAACAGAA